UUGAGCAGUGCAGCAUGAGAAAAGUUUUUAACCCGAUCAGCUUCUGAAUGCUGAUUCUGCAACGACCUUCCCAGGUGGUCAAAACUUGCUUGCUUUGGCUAGUAAAUAUACAGACGAAGGAGAUGUCCGGCUAUUGGCCACGAGUUAGAGGGCACGUCAUCCCCAUCAAUCACAGAUCGAAUGUUUCUGCAAGACGAGCGGGCGCGCGCGCGUGUGUGUGUGUGUGUGUGUGCGUAGGCUCGGUGCACGCGGCGCGUGUUGCCAAAGUAGAUGGGCUUACUACUGGAUUUAGGCUCGGUGGUCGAAGGAAGCAUGUGCAAGGGAAAUGCUUUCAUGACUUCCUACCAGGAGUUCACCAAAGGCAACCGGGCAAACAAGACAGCGCGUCAGGAUUUGGACCCAAGCAAACUCCAGAUCAGACUAGAAGAACAUUUCCUGUCGGCGUUCCGGUCAGAAACGGGCACUGGCGCGUGCGCGAAACGCUCUAGGGUUCCGGACAUGAGAGCUCCAGAUCAAGACUACUUCUUCUCUAAUCCACCCCAGUGGCGUGAACAGGCCGGUUCCAGAGCACAAAUCUCUCCCUCCUUACACACUUUCGCAAAGGAGUGUUGCGAGCUCGGCCCAGUCAACGCGCGCGUGUGUAACAUCAGCUCAUGUGAUGACCCAAGACGUCAUUUCGCUUUUAUGGAUACCAGUAACACCAGGCAUGCUGGUUCUACCAACUUACACGAGGCCACGCAGAUGGAAAAGCCCUUCGAAUGGAUGAAGGUGAAGCGCAACCAAGCGGGCACUGGGAAAGCGCAUCAAACCGGCGCACGGAAUUUCCUGCACUGUGUGAAAGUGGAUGGUGGACAGAAUGAAAGCGAGGACAGUCCACACACAGUGUCCCGGAGCAGCUUUAGCACAAAGCAGCUCACCGAGUUGGAGAAGGAGUUCCACUACAGCAGGUACCUGACGCGCGCGCGGCGGGUGGAGAUCGCGAGCGCGCUGCAGCUCCGUGAGGCUCAGGUCAAAGUGUGGUUCCAAAACAGGCGCAUGAGAGAGAAGAAAACGCAGCGGCUCCUGCACACACAUCCAGCACCGGGAAGCUGUCUGGAAUUACCCUCGAACCCAGCGGACACGUGUGCGCUUCCAGAGAAGAGUUAGUGUUCAGUUCAUUGCUGUUAGCAAUAUGCGGGAGCUCUACGCGUUCCCCCCUCCUGCGUGCAUUACGCACCGACAUUAUAAAAGGGCAAAUGACGGAUAAAGGAUUGCCAAGUCAGAAAAAAGUAACCUGUGGGGAGAAAAAAAAGAUUAUUAUGGUUAUUAUAAUGAAAAUAUACUGUAAGUAUUUUUCCAACCCAGCGAGUAUGUCUGGUGUUCAUCCUCACCUGUUGAAGUCUGCACUUUAUAAUAACAAUAAUAAUAAUAAUAAUAAUAAUAAUAAUAUAGCGUAUGUAUUUCUUUUCCAUAUUUACUAGCCUUGCUAUUUAUUAUUUUUGCACUACUGCAGAUUCAUCUUGAAUCCUUAAAAUUAUAAUUCAUAUCCUCUCUGAGAAAAAAUGAAAGCUACUAAAGUGUACCAUUUCUUCUCACUGAGAAGUGUACACUUUUUUUUUUACCUUUAUUAUGUAUGCUUAAAGUUUUACUCUAUAUGGUAAUUGCGAUCCAAUUUUUUUAUUUAGCACCCCUUUCUUUCUUUUCUUUCUUGAGGUGUAUCGUUCUUGGUUUUAUCUUCGAUGUUUGGUUAGGAUGCAAUGAUACAUUUAAGGGGCAAUUUUUUAAAUAUUAAGCUUAAAAAAAAGAAGAAGAAGAAGCUUAGUAACGCGUAUGUCCUAGAAGGUUCUACAGCAUAACUCAAGUAUCUUAAAUUUAUAAGUAAGAUAAAAUUUUAUGCCCACAGACUCAUAAUGCUAUAUUGAUACACACACACACACACACACACACACCAGGUUAUUUCCUGUACUGUCCUCGCCUGUAGGCCUACACGUUGUACGUGUCAUGUUCACGCUGCCAGUGCUUUUAUCUGCAAAAUAAAGAGCGCUGCAAGUCAGUGCUCCUCGUCUUUCUAAAUAAUGGCUAAACGCUGUCAACGUACCAAGUGCCUCCACUUAAAGUCACGUAUUUCCAGCCAUUUAUUCAGAGAAUGGGUUAAAUCGAGGGCUAUAAGCUGAACUGAACUUCCCCAUACUAACUUUUCAUCUCGAUGACAUGGAGCAAGGCUGUGCACUUCAGAGAAGAGACAAGAGUUAAAUGAUACUUUAAGCCUUCCACAUUUGUCCCUCAAAAAACACCACAGCCUACAGUAUACACAGUGUCCUUACUGUAAAUAUUACACUUAUCAGAGCUUUCCUCUUUUCUCUCUUUUUUCCUCGACGAGAUUUUAAGAUUCUAAUAAUUCCUUGAAUUAUCUUCUAAGUAGGCUACAUGUGGCUUAGAGAUCUUUAUUGCUGAUAGAUUUAUUGACCACUGGGUUUAUUAAUUGAUUUGACUUGAUCGGACAGGAUGUUUGCCUUUUUAAUAAAACACAAGAAGUUAAUACAAGAUUGAUCAUAAAUAUUUUAAGAAAGGAAACGACCAUUUAUGGUUUGUGAAGCGUCUGACAUUAAAAGCUUUUUGUAUUGUCUGCUCGUUAAAUGAGCCUAUAAAUCUUCUACCUUUAACUUACUCAGCUUUACUCGGAUAUAUAUAUAGAUAUACACACACACAUAUACACACACAGUUAAUCACUUCCCAUUAUAAUGCAGUAGAAGUUGUGAAAUUCUUUUAUUAUUAGCUUUAUUAACUAAUAAAGAAAGUGAAUUUUGUACGUAACAUAAUAAUAAUAAUAAUAAUAACAAUAAUAAUAAUAAUAAUGUGUUAUAUAAUAGGCCUAUAUAUUAUGUAAUAUCAAUAA